AUGGAGCUGGCGGAACAGAUUGACGAUUCGACAUUCUGCACAAUGAAUGACGAAGCCCCCACCAGAGUUAUGGGCACCUGUAAUAGCUCGCCGGAUAUUCCCAUUGCCAGCGGUGGCCUGAUAAACAGCAUAACCUGGCGACCUAUGCUAACUUUCGCAUCAGAUCAACUGCCCAUAAUUAUCUCGAUCGAGAAGCCUCCUGAUUUUGUUUAUGUGGACAACCGCACCUUCAUUAACAUUAACAAAGCUAAUUGGGUCGGCUUCACAGAAUUUACCGAGAGCACCUUCAACGCUCUACCUAUUCCUACGGACGUAUGCGUUGGCGAACGUCAAUUCCACAAGGUGAUCGCAGUAGCUACCGCUCGCUUCAUCCCGGCUGAAAGAAUAGCGGAAAUCCGCUUCAAUUUCCCAGCCGAAGCAGCCGUUUUAGCUAACGAGCGCGCCACUUUACGCCAUGCCGAUCCCGGGGAUCCCCGAAUAAGGGAUCUCAAUUUGGAGAUUCGGCGUAUGGUAAACAAUCAUAAGCGGACGAAAUGGAUAGAGCACCUGAAAUUCUGCAACCUCUCCACCGGUGUGAGUAAGCUUUGGGCUACUGUCAAAGCUUUGUCUAACCCGAAGAGACAUGACGACCGAGUUGAAGUUCAAUUCAAUGCACUUAGCGUCAUAAACGCUCAGAUAGUUCGUGGCCUCAACCAGAAACCAUCCUGCGAAAGAACGAUCCUCGUAGCGUUGGACCUGUCAAAAACUUUUGACACGGUCAACCACACAACGCCACUGCAGGACAUCGAAAAAACUACGCCCCCUCCAGGGCUAAAGAGGUGGACCAUGAACUAUCUGAACGGUCGUCAGUCAUCCGUACUAUUUCGAGGCGAAACAUCUAAAUUGAGAAGAAUUAAACAGGGGAAAACUCGACCACCAUCACAACCACACGGUUUCCUAGAUUGCCGUGUAGAUGACGACGGCAAUUGUUGCCAGUUAUGCCAUAUAUCAUCUGAAUGGAAGUACAUAAGGAAAUUCACGUAG